AUGUGGGGAACAAGACUCCCAGCAGAAACCCCCAUAGUCACCUCCAUCUUCGGAAUCCAACACCACCCCUCAAAAGACACCGACAAUUCUACCCUCAUAAACACCUUCAACGCCCUAAUAACCAACCAACCCGCCCGCAUCGAAAACCUCGGACAGGACAACCCCGUUCCAACACGCAUUUGGCUCACAUACUGGCCCUCCCGGGCCGCGUAUCAGAAAUGGUGGACCAGUGACCCCGUCGCCUCGUUCUGGGCGUCCCUCCCCGACGACGCAGGCGUAUACCGCGAGAUCCUCACCGUGCCGCCUGGGAAAACACAGCACGGGACGAAUGUCUCAGACCGUAUAUCCGGCAUGGCACACCUGGGUGAAUUCGAGUCGAUUCUGGAUAAAUCGGGGUAUUGGGGGUGUUACUAUGACCGGAUGGGCGAUGUCACGAAGGAGAAUAAAUUCCGCACUGAGGUAUCGAAGAAACCAACACGAACACAUCCAUUAUCGAUUACUCCGCAAGGAUCUGGAGAGGGUAGUGGCAAUCUUCCCAUCCGCAGAGGAAGGGUUCAACUCCCCACUCUCCCGGAUAACAUCGCCUUCGUAGUGGAAGGCCAAGACCACGGCCUUAUCCUCCCUGGGGAGAAGGAGCACUGGCUCGAGAACUUCGACCAGCCAGUGACAGAUUGGAUAUCUGACCUCGUCGCGGCAGGACCAGAAAAGGGGAUUCUGGAUUCGAGACUCUGCUACAACCCCGAGGGCGGGAUGUACAAGGCCGUUGAUGCGCAGCCGCGGGAGCUGAACUUCAACGACAAGGUGCAGCUGUUUUAUUUUCUAGAUAUGGAGGCUAUGGAGAGCAUUGGGAGGGAGAAUUUAGGGCAUGUUAAGCUGAGACGCGGGUUUAUGCAGAGUUAUGGGCCUGGGGGUGUGAUGACGGAGUUGCCUGGGAAGUUGCGGUUGUGGGUUGAGGCGAGUAUCUUGAAGGGCAAAGACAUGGAGUGUGAGUAUAUUGGAUGCGUUGAGGGGACGGGGCUGAUGGGGUUGAAUUGGGAUUGA